GCCCCCUCUCUUUCCCACCCUCAAUCCCACGCGGCAUUCCCAUGUGUGAACGGGCAGGGCACAUCAGGCAAAUGGCGAAAAAUGCCAGCAGAAGGAGGACAGAAAAGCGGAAAAGAGCACUGAGUGUGUGUUUAGACAGAGUGUGUGCGUAGGGUGGUGACAGCAGAUGGAUGGAUGGAUGGACUCUAUCGUCGGUAAAACACCCGCAACAGCUGGAGGACCGCGGCUAUGCGGCUAUCUAGCUAUGGACAGAGCGACGGACAGACAGACAGACAGAAAGGCAGACAGGCAGACAGGCAGGCAGGCAGGCAUGUGCAAAACAAGAGCAGGGGUGGGGUGUCAUGUGCCCCUUUGAACUGCGCGUACGGCCAUCGGCAAACUCUCACACAUGGUCAUCAUUGGGAAAAACAGUCACACCAUCGAGAGAAGAACACCAAGAGCCUCAGACGAAGGGGUUUCCCCCUGUCAGCCACCUUUGUCCCUCCCUGCAUCAUCGACCGCAUUGCCCCCACGCACUGGUGAGUUUCGGCAGAAACCGAACACACCAGAGCGUGACGGCAGUGCGGUGGAUGAUGCAGGGAGGGACGUCAUUGACGAGAUCAAGAUUCAAUGUUUGUCCAGUACCCCCCACAACGAAAUCGGACGAUGCACAUCCACUCAGCCACACAAACAAACACAAUUAACAUCAUGAUGGAUGUGCGGGGGAAAAAUCGCCGCAGCGGGCCAUAUGAGAAAAAUGAACGAAUGGAUGAGCUCGCCUCUGUGUGACAUGGUGACGUGACGUGAUCUGGCAUGCAUGGAUGCAGUGUGCUCACUCACGAGUGAGUGUCCUUGUUCGCUCUCGCGCUUUUCUUCCGAGGCAAGAAAAAUGGAAAUGGUCGAUGUGUGUCGCACGCACAUUGCUGCGCCUGUGUGUGCCCACCAUUUGGGCACACACAGGCAUUGCACACGCCAGCCACGCCCUCACCACGGCAUGGAAUGGAAGCACCUCCAUCCAUCCAUCCAGAAAGCAUUAAAGAAAAAUGUGAGACUGGUGUGUGGUUUGCUUGGGGAGGGAGGGUCAAUAGCGGAGGGAGAAGGGUCAAGGGAGAAGGGUCAAUAGGGGAGGGUCAAGGGUCAAGGUUUGUUGCUUCCUGGCCGACGUCAGAGCAGACACACAACCCUCUGCCCCGCCAGCCCUCCCCCACCACCCCCUCCCUCUCUGUUCUGUCUUUCUCUCUGACAGACAGACAGACAGACACACGUACACAUGAAGCAAAAAUAGACAUGUUUCUCGCUUCUUAUGGGAGUAGGUCGUCAGGGGCGCCCUGCCCCCGACCAGACUCGCAGGCACCGCACACACACAGCACGCACAGGCACAAACACAUGCAUAGACACGACGAAAGGGGGCUUCACGAAUACACAAAACAGAAACGGCCAAGGUAUGCACACAAACACGCAGGGGAGCAGGCAAGCAGGCAGACACACAGACAGGCAGACACACAGACAGGCAGACAGGCAGGCAGGCAGGCACACAAUCGCGAACACUCGCGCAUUGUGUUGAAAAAGUGUCAAGGACACCUCAGGCGUUCGUCCCUCUCUUUGUGGGCUCUGGCAAAACUAGGCAGCCAGGCAGACAGGACAGGCAGGCAUCCAUCCAUCCAUCUAUCCGUCGCGUAAACCACCAGCAGCCAGCCGUGAAGUGGAAAUAAGCAAGAGCGGGCACAUACACAUGCCGCCGCAAAAAUCCAACGACCAGCAGCGGAGAGUCGGGGGUGUAGAGGAGACAUUGCAGUCAGUGGAGUGGAGAGUAUCACCGCCUACCACACGUGAAUGCAGUGCGUCGUGUGCAAUGGCUUUGUGUGGGUGGAUGGAUGGAUGGAUGUGGGUGUGAACAAAGUGGUGGGCAUCGACGUGAUGGAGAGAAAUAGCGGUGGAGGGAAAGGUGAGAUGGAUGCGGCGCCGAAACGGCAGGCAAUUGGACACAACAGGCAGGCAGGCAGGCAUCAAAAUCCCUAUCGAGGACACUUAAACACCGAUGAUGCACGCAGGACCAGACAGACAGACAGACAGGCAGGCAGAUUGACAGACAGGCGAGCAACCAAGACAAGAGUAUCAUCUCGCGUCAGAGGUCGGCAAACGACACGCAGUAUGCAAUCCACCGAAAUGCAAAACUGCACGAGGUGAGGUGAGGUGAGGUCACUUCUGCUCUCUGCACACACACACACACACACACACCUCCUGUACUUACUCUCUCUACACACACACGCACCCCAUGCCAACACCCCACAGACACACACAUACACAACCAACCAACCAAUCAACCGACCAAUCAAUCACGCCCUGCCCCCUCUCGCUCCGCUCCCUCUCGCUCGCACUCCUUCCUGUAAAAAGCCGCUGUCACUUCCCUCCCAUCCUCUCUCUCUGUCUGUGUUUUGUACAUAUCUACCCAUACAAACAGACAACGAGCCAGACAGACAGAUAGACAGGCAGACAGCCGUGACGUUAAAAAGACGGGAGGCGCUCUCGGACAGACAGACACGUAAAACUACUCACCCACCCCACACUCGCGCGUCGGCCAGCCAGCCAUACGAAACACAGCAGCCAUUCUGCGUGUCCUUCGAGCGAUCCUUCAUCAAAAACUCCAUCCAUCCAUCCAUCCACUGGCAUCCGCCCGCCCAAACUCCCAAAGGCCCGCUCGCCGCCUGCACGUCCGAAGCAGACAGAAAUUCACACAUACAUACAUACCAGGAAGGCAUCGUCGAAUUGGUGGCUUGCUCUGUGAUGUUUGUGCAGCGCGACAACCGUUGCGCUGCACUCCCACACACACACACGCACGCUCACACGCGCAUCGGUCUACGGAGAGAAUGUACAAUUACAAACAAACGGGCAGCCAGGCUCCCUCAGACGUACAGAGCAAUCAGCCAGUCAGUCAGGUUGGUAUACACGGCCCCCUCGCACACACGAGUGUGUCCGUCUCCCUCGCAGCAGCCAGCCGGAGUACAAAGUUUACAGACAAAUGCAGCCAGCAGCAAGGAUCGGAUCACCGGCACGCAUCAUUCACAGAAACAGAAACAAACAGACAGACAGCAAAACACCACCGAACAUCCAUCAAAAUGAAUGAAAAAGCCGGCACCAUAUUAUUAUCACACCACACCAUUUCACCCCGCCCUCACAGCAGCCACCCCACCCCACCAAGGCACCCACCCCCACCGUGACAGCCAGCCGCCCGAUCUUGCCGAAAGGCACUCUACCCCACUACACACCCCCAUCCCUCCCCUCCCCUCUUCUCCCCUCUCUCUUUCUCUCCCUCGCUGUGUACACACACAAACAUGGUCACCCGGUCGCACAUGGCAAAAAUCCAGCUACCUCUCUCUCUCUCUCUCUCUCUCUGUCCCCCUCUCUCUUUGAACCAACGAAGUCAUUCACCGAUUGAUUCAGCCGUCUGCCAGCAAUGGCGACCGCCAGACGCUGCUGCCCCUGUUGUCCAUGAGUGGCGACAUGAGCGGGCUGACGCCCCUCUGCGGGAAGAGAGAGUAGGUGGGGCUGUCGCGCGAGGGACACGGGAGACUGAUCGAGAUGGACCGCUCGAUGGGCCCCUCAGGCAGUGUGCUUGACGUGUCCGAACGACCCAGCCCAGCACUGAGAUGCCACCACACAACACAAACACACCGACGACGUGCAUUUCUAAAGCCCUCCUAGAUGUGAAUAUUGGCCUUACCUCUCCCCCGUCUGUAUUUUGUCCAGCAGCGACUUGCCCCCUCCCUCCGUCCCCCCGGUGCCGCCAAUGUCGCCCCCGCUGCUGGUGGUGCUGCCGUUGGGCGUCUGUGUGUGGAUGGGCAACUGCUCGAUGGACGGCGACAUGCCCGAUGUGGUGGAGGUGGUCGUCAUGGUGGGCGAGCAGUCCACAUACGGCGGGGGACGCUUGUUGCUGGCAAGGGGGUGGCGCGACGGCGGCAACACGGCACUGAUAAUGCAAGACAAGACGAUUGCUGGACGAGGGGGUCCCUCCAUGUGUGAGUGUGUGUCGGUGUGGACUGACCUUGGCAGCAGCAGGGGGGAGGUCUUCCCCUGUGUCUGGGUGUCGUUGUCCCCCUCGCCGUUCUCGAAUAUCUGCCGUAUCGCAUGCGGCACGUUCUGGCGACCCACACCAUCGUCCGCCAUCAUGGCCCCCGCGUCGCCCCCACUCAUCGACCGCUCUAUCACGUCAGACAGAUCCGACUCGUGACCCAGCGUCAGAGAAGACAUACCGCUGCUAAAGACGAGGGAAAAGGAGAGGACAUGUGAAUCCAUCCAUCCAUCCAUCCGUGUGUGGACGUACUCUGGUGGGUGUGGCGGGGGCGGGGGCUGGCGGUCAAACACGCCAUGGCCGACCUUCUUGCUGCCGUAGCCGAACGCACUGUACUGGUCAUGGUGGUCUGGUGGCGGGGGAGGGGGCGGAGGUGGGGGGGGAGGGGGGGCCACGCUAUUGUUGUUGUUGUCCAUGUAGAUCUGCUCGGCCGCCGCUGCUGCUACCGUGAAGGGGGUAGACGAUAGCUUGCCCGGGCGAGGUAGCCUGAGGAAGAAGCCGGGAGGAGUAGGUUUUUGUGGGUGUAGGCGUAUGGGCGGCUGUGUUGUGUCUUACAGCUUUUUCGGCCUGAGUUGGUCGACGCCAUGCGCGUGUCUGCAUGCAAGGCCCUGGCAGCAGUGGCCACGCUUCCAGAACACCUGCCAGAUACACACGCAUCCCCAUGCAAUACAUCCACAGGCGUAUGUCGAUCGUUGAUGAGCCGCGCGCAGCGCGUCUGUCUGUCUGUCUGUCAUGUGUGUGUGUGUGUGACCGCCCUUACGCAUAGAGAUGUCUUGUAGAAGUCAUCAGUAUAGCGAAGGUCCUCGAUACCAUGGGCAAACCGACAGUCGUGGUCCUGGCACUGGCCGCGCAUGUACAGGUCGCACAGCUUGGUCUGCAUCCACCAUCCAUCAGACACGUACACAUGGUCGACGGAUGAAUAUGGGUGGGUGCUGCGUCGUUGUGUCAUCCUCUGACCUUCCGCAGAUCGGGCUUGAAGCGCAGUUCACUCUGCCCAUGAGCCUGACCACACACACACACGCGUGCACACACUCGCAGCAAUCAGACCAGCUGCAUGAUGCCCCUCCCCUCUCUCUCCUGCGUGUGUGCUCACGAAUUGACAGUGGCGGGCCUUGAGGCACUUCUUGCCCGCCAACCAAUACCUGACACAAACCAUUGAGGCGCCAGCCACCGCAUACAACGGACAUGGAUCCCAUCAGCAGCCACCCAACACCAUUGCAGCCUCUCACUUGCAGAGAGAUGUCUUGUGGUACUGGGACACUUCCCUGACUUCCCUGGCCUGCAGCGUCAUCAUGCUACCGACACGCGCCUUCGCCCUGCACACAAACCAAGCACACGCAGAGAAGAUGUCGCGGGGCCGCUGACGCAUGUGGCGAAAACGGUGGCUUACGAGGUGGCAGGUGAGUCGGGCUUCCUCUUGGCAGCUCCCCCUCGACGCCAGCGACGCCACCCCGUCAGCUAAGGGUCCUCAAAUGAGGCGCUUCUGUUCUGCAUGGCACACACAACGAACACGGAGCCCAACAGCCGUCUGAGUUUCACGCAGGAUGGUCCUCAUAUAUCAUGCACCUGGGCCGGAGGGGAGGGGAGGCAGAAAAAUUGAGCUCGCAUGAUUCUCGGCGUGCACU